UUCCGGCUCCGGUGUCAUGGAGGGCUCCUGCCCUGAGGGUGCACCGACCGCUGUCUGCGGGAAGCGGCCGCAGUUCGGAAGCCGAUUUCUGAGCGACCCGGCGCGCGUGUUCCACCACAAUGCCUGGGACAAUGUGGAGUGGUCGGAGGAGCAGGCCGCGGCGGCGGAGAGGAAAGUCCAGGAGAACAGUACCCAGCGGGUGUGCCAGGAGAAGCAAGUUGAUUAUGAGAUCAAUGCCAACAAAUAUUGGAACGAUUUCUACAAAAUCCACGAAAAUGGGUUUUUCAAGGAUAGACAUUGGCUUUUUACUGAAUUCCCAGAGCUGGCACCUAGGCAAAACCAAAAUCACAUGAAAGAUUUGCUCUCAGAGAACAAGAGGAGUGAAGCACCUGAAUGUAGAAGCAGUGAGGAUGGAUCUGGUUUAAUAAUAGAAGAACAGCACAGUUCUUCAGUCAACCUUGGACAUAAGACACAGCCAUCUCCUGUGGAAGAGAAUGCCACUCAGAAACUCCAUCACCUGGAAAUCUGUGCUGAGGAGUUUCCUGGAUCCUCAGCCACGUACCGAAUACUCGAGGUUGGUUGUGGUGUGGGAAACACAGUCUUUCCAAUUUUACAAACUAACAAUGACCCAAGACUCUUUGUUUACUGUUGUGAUUUUUCUUCCACAGCUGUAGAACUGGUGCAAACAAACUCAGCAUAUGAUCCUUCUCGGUGUUUUGCCUUUGUUCAUGAUCUGUGUGAUGAAGAUAAGAGUUACCCAAUGCCCGGGGAUAGUCUUGAUGUCAUCAUCCUCAUAUUUGUCCUCUCAGCAGUCAUUCCAGACAAGAUGCAGAAGGCUAUCAACAGGCUAAGCAGGCUUCUGAAGCCUGGAGGGAUGAUGCUUCUGCGCGAUUAUGGCCGUUAUGACAUGGCUCAGCUUCGGUUUAAAAAAGGUCAUUGUCUGUCUGAAAAUUUCUAUGUGAGAGGCGAUGGCACCAGAGUGUACUUCUUCACGCAAGAUGAACUGGACACACUUUUCACUACUGCUGGACUGGAAAAGGUUCAGAACCUGGUGGAUCGCCGGUUGCAAGUGAAUCGAGGGAAACAACUGACAAUGUACCGAGUUUGGAUUCAGUGCAAAUAUCGCAAGCCUCUUCUGUCCAGCACCAGCUGAGAGGCACCUGCUCCUGACAUGCGAGCUCAUUGGGGCUUUUUGUUUUUAUUUUUUUAAUUUUAUUUAUUUAUUUGUUAUUUUUGGGGGGGGUACACCAAGUUCAAUCAUCUGUUUUUAUACACAUAUCCCCAUAUUCCCUCCCUCCCUCGAGUCCCCCCCACCCUCCCCGUCCCAGUCCUCUAAGGCAUCAUCCAUCCUCGAGUUGAACUCCCUUUGUUAUACAACAACUUCCCACUGGCUAUCUAUUUUACAGUUACAGUAGUAUAUAUAUGUCUGUGCUACUCUCUCGCUUCGUUUCAGCUUCCCCUCCCCACCCCCCCAAACCUCGAGUCCUCCAGUCCAUUCUCUGCACCUGUGUCCUUGUCACUGAGUUCAUCAGUACCAUUUUUAGAUUCCGUAUAUGUGAGUUAGCAUACAAUAUUUGUCUUUCUCUUUCUGACUUACUUCACUCUGUAUGACAGACUCUAGGUCUGUCCACCUCAUGACAUAUAGCUCCAUCUCAUCCCUUUUUAUAGCUGAGUAGUAUUCCAUUGUAUAUAUGUGCCACAAAUUCUUUAUCCAUUCAUUUGUUUUUUUUAUUUUUUUUAUUUUUUUUUAUUUUUUGGCACACGGGCUUGGUUGCUCCGCAGCAUGUGGGAUCUUCCUGGAGCUGGGAUCGAACCCAUGACCUCUGCAUUGGCAGGCGGAUUCUUAACCACUGCGCCACCUAGGAAGCCCUAUCCAUUCAUUUGUUGAUGGGCAAUUUAGGUUGCUUCCAUGUCCUGGCUAUUGUAAAUAGUGCUGCAAUAAACAUUAUGGUACAUGUUUCUUUUGGGAUUAUGGUUUUCUUUGGGUAUAUGCCCAGUAGUGGGAUUACUGGAUCAUAUGGUAGUUCUAUUUGUAGUUUUUUAAGGAACCUCCAAAUUGUUUUCCAUAGUGGCUGUACCAACUUACAUUCCCACCAGCAGUGCAGGAGAGUUCCCUUUUCUCCACACCCUCUCCGGCAUUUGUUGUUUCCAGAUUUUGUGAUGAUGGCCAUUCUGAUCGGUGUGAGGUGAUACCUCAUGGAGGCUUUGACUUGCAUAUCUCUGAUGAUGAGUGAUGUUGAGCAUCUUUUCAUGUUUGUUGACCAUCUGUAUGUCUUCUUUGGUCAUCGGGGCUUUUAAAAAGAACAUCCACAAAUGGUGUCUUGUUGAUAUUGAACCAUUCAAGGAUUCCAACAGAGUUGAACAGAGGAGGAAUUAUUUUAUAUCAAGAUUGUAGCCAUUUUGCAUUGUAUUUGUGAAGCCCUGUGAUACAUACUUUUCUCAGGUUUUUUUCUUACUUGGAGAUUUCAGAGAAUCUUUCUUGCCAUUUUGUAACUUAAUAAUUGAAGUGUUAUUCAUGGGAAUCAAGAAUUUAUUUCGAUAUGAAAGUAUUGUAUAUGAUAAAGUGAAUGACUAAGUUGCAUUAAAUUCACUGGGGAUUCAUAUGCCUGGACUGAGCAGUUGGUACAUACGAAGAUGAAUAAAGGUCUCGUUCAGUCGUCAUGGGUGAAGCAAGUUGAGAAGAAUCACCUGUCUUUGGAUGUUUUCCUGACUCAAAAAAAGAGCAUCAGAAUAUGUUAUCCUUGUUAAGUAUUUGGUCAUGGUCUCCACUUGACCUUAGUUCCAUGGACUUUUAGGUACUAUU